UCUUUUCCCUUCCUUAGCUUCCAUUAACAUACUAUCUUCCUUGUAUUUUUGUUCUUUACAUCAACAUUGGUUUCACUUUUGGUGUUUUCUUCAACCCUUGUUUCUUUCCCCUUCCUUCCUUAUUUGUAUUAUCUCCACCCAUUUUCUCACACCCUAUUGUCUGGUUUCUUUUCUGAAACCUACAAGAUUAUUUUUUUCUUCUCAAAAACCAGUCAUUUAGCUUUUUGGGUUUUUCCCUAAGAUUUUGUACAAUGUUUCAGGCUUGAAACAUUGUAAAGUUUUAAUCUUUGAUGUGUUUUUGACAACCCAAAUAUGUGUUUAGUUUGAUGGAGUUUGAUUCAUGUAAAGGGUGUUUUUUCUUUGAGUGAUUUUUAAGUGCUUCUAGAAAUUGUUGAAGCAUUUUUCUCUAUGUGUUUCUUCAUAUAUCUUGAAACUGUUCCAUUUGAGUUCUUUGAGGUUUUGUGGUUCUGUUUUGCUAUAUUAUCAGUAGAAAAAGAAUCUCAGUGUUUACUCAGAAGGGGUUUGGAAAUUUCAGUGUUGUGUGAGUAGAUUUGACUUUUGAGAGUAAUUUAGAUCAAAAAAGUGCUUUUUUUUAUUUAUUUAUUUGAUGAAGAGGGUGUAGUGUAGGGUGUAGUAGUUGAUUUUGAUUUUGAUUGUGGUGGUUGAGACUUGAGAGGUUGAGUUUAGUUUUGAGGAGAAAUUGAAGAGUUGACUUGCAAUGGCUGCAAAGCUGCUGCAUUCUUUAGCAGAUGAUAAUCAAGAUCUGCAGAAGCAGAUUGGUUGUAUGACUGGAAUUUUUCAACUUUUCGAUCGGCAUCAGAUACUCACGGCGCGACAGAAGAGACUUCCUUCUGGUAAUUUGCAUUACAGUGAUGGAAGCUUGGAAAGAGAUUCUGAUAGCAAUCAUAGUCUGCAACAUCGACAAAUCCCAAACGAUACGAGCUUAAACAGGGAUCUGAAUGAAAAGCGAAGAAUUUCGACAGAAUCAUCAAGAGCAUCAUUCUCGUCUUGUUCAUCAUCAUUGUCCUCUUUGGACUUUAAGGCUGAAGUAGAGACUUCCUUUGAAACUCCUUCAAGGGACACAUUUAUGAACCAACCAUCUAUCUCUCCUCGUUUCGGACGUCACUCACUUGACCUACGUGACGUCGUGAAGGAUUCAAUGUAUAGGGAUCCUCGAGGGCCAUCUUCAAAAUCUACAGCCAAAGAGCAAUCUUCUGGUCAUGCCAUGAAGCAUAGGGAUUCGCCGCGACCUCUUCAGCAGUCGAAAUAUGUUGAUAGAUCUUACGGAGUUGAAAUAGACGAGAAGCAAAGUUUGCCUAUUGAUCUAAGGGAGUCGAUCCGAGUCCUUUCGAAACUCCGAGAAGCACCUUGGCACUAUGGAGAAAAUACGAAAGAACUUCCGAGAUCGUCGCAUGAUGUAAAAGACGGACACUGGAAUUCCGUCUCGAAGGAUGCUCCUUGGUUGGCUUAUGACGGAAGAGAAAUGAGUCGUUUAUCUUUUGAAUCUCGAGAGACGAUCAAAUCGACACCGAAGAUAAAAGAGUUUCCAAGGCAUUCACUGGAUAGUAAGGAAGGUUCGUGGCGCAAUUAUAACUCUGAUUCGAAGCCUAACCACGGCUCGAGAAACGCUUACGGCGCCACUUCCACUUCCAAUGAAAAAUUCUCUAGUCCACAACAGUCUUCAUCAAUACAGAAUCGGCUACCAAGUGUUGUCGCAAAACUAAUGGGCUUGGAAGCAUUACCUGAUUCCUCUUUGGCCGGCGAUACUCAAUCAGCUUCAACUGAAACUUACUCAGCGCAAGGUAACGGUCAGAUUCCAAGAUCAUCGAACAAUGGUUUCAUAAGACCACUCCGUGUUUCUAAAUCUCCGAAAAUCUCGUCGAAAGAUCCAACUUCACCAAGGCGGAAAAAUCCUGACGUCGUUAUGAGACCAGUCAGUAAUUCAAAGUUUCCGAUUGAACCAGCACCUUGGAAGCAACAUGAUUCAAAUAGAAAUUCUCCGAAGCCAAGUUUAAAAAUAACAAAAGCUCAAGCAAGAACACCGGAAUCACUUCCUUCGGUUUAUAGCGAGAUUGAGAAGAGAUUAAAGGACCUUGAAUUCAAACAAUCGGGAAGAGAUCUUAGAGCCCUAAAGCAGAUACUAGAAGCAAUGCAAGAAAAGGGUCUGUUGGAGAGCCGAAACGACGAACAAGUUCCAAACGCAGGUGGAAGUCGAGGUGACUAUGAACCGAAAGCUACCAAUCUAAAUCACAAUUCGAGGUCGGGAAAGCAACAAAAUCAUCCGAGAAACAAUUCUCUAUCAUCUACAAUCAAGGGAAGUGACUCAGCAAGAGCUUUUGAUUCUCCAAUAGUGAUAAUGAAACCGGCAAAACUUGUUGAGAAAUCCGAGUUUUCGGCUUCUUCAGCUAUUCCAAUUGGUGGUUUUUCUGCUUCCCAUAAUAGAAACAACAUAUCUUCUCCUCUAAAAGAUCAGUCUCCGAAGAAUAUUCGCAGGGACGCUUCUCCGAGUUCCACCGAAAAGAAAACAAGUAUUACCAAGAAUACUAGAUCACCACAAUCUCAAUCAAGGUCUCAACAAUUCCCAAGAGAAAAUAACCAAAGUCCAGUGAAGAAUUCAGGUUCCGUGAGUCCGAGAUUGCAGCAGAAGAAGUUGGAGUUAGAGAAGCGAUCUCGUAUACCUACUUCACCAUCCGAUGCAAACAAGUCAAGAAGACAAUCUGGUAAAAAGGCAGCGGAAUCAGUUUCCCCGGGUGGAAAAUUACGACACAAAGACAAAGUCUUCAACUCACAGCAUAGCGAAGAGCAAUUGAGUGAACUAAGCAAUGAUUCUCGAAAUUUUUACCAAGGGGAUGAAAUUUCUCUUCCAUCAGAUGGCGUGACUGUCGACUCAAAAUUGGAUAUUGAAGUCACUAGUAGUUUACGGACAAACGUAACCGAUGGCAGCCAAAGUCCGUCCUUGAAAGCUAUGAAGCAAUUGGUUUCAGAAACAGUUCAGAAAAAAUCAACUCCAAGGUUGGAUGAAGAUGAUACUAUUCAGGAUCUCGCUACUAAGGCCCUGGAACAUCCAAGUCCUAUCUCGGUUCUUGAUGGAUCUCCGUACACAGACGACGUGGCGUCGCCAGAAAUGCAGAUACCUAAAAAUCCAAAAGGAUCAAACUUUGCAGCAGGUAAUGAUCAAGAUUCCAAAGACAAUGAGGUCAAAGAUCAAUGGAAGCCUGAUGAAGGCCUUUCAUUUAACAGCACGGGAUCCGGAGAGAUCAAUCGCAAGAAAUUACAAAGCAUAGAUCACCUCGUUCAGAAGCUUAGACGGCUAAACUCAAACCACGACGAAGCUAGAAACGAUUACAUUGCUUCACUAUGCGAAAACUCAAAUCCAGACCACCGAUACAUAUCUGAAAUACUACUAGCCUCCGGUCUCUUACUCAGAGACCUGAGUUCCGAAUUUCUUACAUUUCAACUACACUCGUCGGGUCAUCCUAUCAACCCGGAGUUAUUCCUUGUCUUGGAACAAACCAAAGCAAGUAGUCUGCUUUCAAAAGAAGAAACCACCACCUUCGAAAAAUCUGCUUUCUCAAAGCAAAACACCGAGAAAUUCCACCGAAAACUCAUCUUUGAUUCCGUGAACGAAAUCCUCGGUGCCAAACUAGGCUAUUCAUCCGAACCAUGGUUUCAACCCAACAAACUCACAAAGAAAAACCUUAGCUCUCAAAAGCUUCUCAAAGAACUAUGCUUCGAGAUCGAAAAGGUCCAAGCCAAGAAAACCGAAACCUGCCUAGAAGACGACGAAGAGGACGACGGUUUAAAGAGUCUGUUGAGCGAAGACGUGAUUCAUGGAUCAGAAUGCUGGGAAAAUUUCAAUGGCGAAAUACCUGGAGUUGUGUUGGAUGUUGAGAGAUUGAUAUUCAAGGAUUUGGUGAAUGAUAUUGUGAUUGGUGAAGCUGCUGGCUUGCGAGGCAAGUCAUCGGUUCGGCGCAGGAAACUGUUUGGAAAGUAGUUUGGUUCAUUUCUUUGCUUAAUUGUUCACUGAUGUUAGAUCUUUAUAAACGCUUGUCAUUUGCAUAUAAUUUGUUUUUCAGUGUCAAGGCAUUAUAGAGCUAUGAUUAUUUUUCUUGUCUAAGAUGUAAAGAAAUUUGACUUACCAUGGAUUUAUGGAAUGGAAUACAUACUGCAUUAUAUAACUAAAAUUUCUUCGUUUAA